GUAAGUUUGUUGCCAACCGCCAAUAAAUACCAAGAAGAAGAAGAAAAGAGGUUCUUAGUCCGUGGUGCUGAAGACGAGUCAACAAGAGGACCGCACCCUGGAGCCAUGGGGAUGUUGAGACUUCGCACCGGCACAAGGGACAAGACCCCUCGACCCUUGGCCCUGGUUCCUGAUUCGACUGCCUUACUCUGCCUCAACCCAAGGAUCUCAAAGUUGCAGCAACAGACUUGGAAAAAAGACAAAGGUCACUGAGUGAUGAAGAUCUGAUGUGUUCGAAGGACAACAGCCAGUUCUGCUUUGCUUCUAUUUCCAAGAGGAUUUUGCCAUAUACAGACAAAGACUCUGACCAAGGACAUUGGAACCUUCCGUUGCUGAGAUCAUUUUCCACCCGGGUAUGAGUUGAACUGCCUCCCAAAGCCUCUUUUAGUAAAUCAAGUGACACAGAGUAGGGAAAGAAGUUAGGGAAUUAUUAAGGUGAUUGUAUUCAAAUUGAUUUUUACUUUUAUUUUGUAAUCAUUGAUAAUUAAUCUGUCUGUCAUUUACCUCUGCUAAACGCUUGCUUAAUAAAGAUGCAUCAAAAUUAUAAUGAGGAUUGUGGACAUUGAAAUUAAUUGAAUCAUUUGUCAUUUUAUGGUUUUUCUAGUUAAUGUAAAAUCUAUGUGCAUGAUUCUAGAGACGUGGUGGCUUCAGAAAUUCCUUUAGUGUUGAGAAAAUAAUGACCUAGGGGCUCAUGCUGAGCCACUAAAAAUCGACUAGUCUGUAACAAGCGCACGUUGUACUUAGAGGGGGAGCUACCAUGAACAGGAGUGGUUAUUGAGGUUAUGCAGCUGUGAGGGCUACUCAGCUGAUUGCUUCUUAACUGGAAAAGGCCAUAACUCUUGGAUCGUAGGUAGUUAAAGGCUAGUUGAGUCUCCUUCGACACCAGCUUAGAUAGAUCAUCUCUACUAGACUUGCCUCUGGGUAAUACUCGAAGGCUUAGAGAUUUUUUGGACCCGUUGGACGGAGAGCUGGUCAGUAGUCAGUCCCUGGAUGUUGUGAGGUUGAGGGCGGGGCUGAUUAUUGCGUAACAACAGUGGUUAAAGUCAAGUAUUUCUUGCUAUUUAACUCUUUAAGAAAGAAAGUCUGAGUUUUCUCUUAUAAAUUUAUUCUUAAAGUUGAUCAAUUACAAAGUUAUUAUAUAGUAUACAAACAAUUAUAAAUAUUUCUAGAUUUUCAACAUUUUCUAGUUUACUAGGUUGUUUUUUGUUCUUGUUGGCAAAAAAUACUUGGAUGUGUUUUAAAACUAACACCACCUGUUGAAAAUGGAUUAAUUAAUAUAACUGUGUGUGUAACACCUUAAGAGCUCAGGAAGCUGCCUGAGUAAUGUUUGCUGUGAUUGGUUCUGAGUAAUCUCAAGCUUUUAAUGAGAGCACAUGUUCAGUGUUAGACAAGCAGAAAGUUGAAGAAGUUGGAGAUCGUUCAGAGCUGUUUUACAGCUCUGAAGAGACUGUGUGUAAAUGAAUGACAGUAAGUCUUAUCAGGAUUCGAGCAGCAUUUGUGUACCUGUUCAGUUUAAUAUAUGUAUUGCAAUGUAAAGAGUUAAGAUUGUGAUGUUGUGCUUUGUGGUUUGUUUGUGGUCUUUUGCGCCAUCUGGUGGACAAAUUACAAAUAAGCGUUUGUAGCAAGCAGAAAUAAUGGCUUUCAUUUUGUUGUCUUGUGUUUUUGUAGACCACUCUCAGCUCAAUUAAAAAACCAAGACCGGAAAACUCUCCUCAUUCUUUACCGGAUGCUCGUGGUGGCUGUACUAUUUAAGGAACUAACACACAAAAUAAAGGGAGCACAACAUUUAAUGGUCCUUUGAGCCAGAGUACAGUUGCCACGAAGAGAGCAUGUCUUGGACUUUUCCUCAGAAUGUGAUGGAGUGGGACGAACAGGUUAGACCCAGAUGGCAAAUAUGUUGGCCACCUUACCUAAACAAAUUUUAUGUGGAGUAUGUUGGUCAGCAGAGUAGAGCACCUUCUUAUGGUGGACGUUACGAAGCUGUUGGACAGGGAGAGUAUACAGCAAGGACACUCAUCAACACUCACCCUUACAUAAGUGGCCAUCAGCAACGUCAUGAGGGAUCUGCCAGGAUGACACCCCUCCCAUACAAAGCUUUGAAGGUGGAAAUAAGAUACCAGCCUUCACUGAACAAACAAGAGAUGAGAUGGUCUUGACAGCAAUUAGGGAAAUUCGACAAGAAAACCGUCAGAUGCAGGAGAACAUGUUACGGCUCACAGAAGCAGUAAGUAAGCUGCAGAUAACCCAGCCCCUUGCACCCAAAGUCGAGCAGGAGAGGCAACAAUCUAUUGCAGCUAAGUCAGUUGAAGAUGUAGAACUUCAGGGUUCUCCAUGUACAUCUGGAUCAGAGUCAGAAGCUAUUUCCCAAUUGGAAAGUUUAAAGAUAAGUGUUGGUCAAGCAAAUACAGAAGGAGCAAGUUUUACCUGUUCAGGACCCACCCCCCCGCCGUAAGACAACGCUUGUCUCCCUCUCAUUACUCCUAUUUCAAGUCGGCUUCAGUGAUGAGCGAUGACGUGCAGGAUGUAUGUAAUGAUGUGCAAAGGAUGGAUGUAAGGGAAGGAGAACCUUCUCUCACAUAUGGUGAUGUUCGGCCACGGCAGUACCCGUCUUCCACAGAAUAUUCACAGCCAUCUCACUAUCAUGCAGUGCAGUACCCCCAUGCUGCAGGUAACGUUCUUCAUCCUCAGCUUCAAAAUCAGCAACCACAAGAUUUUGCACCCAGACCAGGACAUCAGGAGAAGAUCUACAGGGGGCCGAAGCCUACAAUUCCCCCUUUCAUACAUGACAAUCCCAGAGAAUUCUCCAGACUUAAAAUAGCUCUGGACAAUCUUCUACCAAGUGAAGCCACAGAACGGUUCAAGUAUCAAAUACUGGUUGACCACCUCAAGCUAGAGGAUGCAUUACUCAUUGCAGAUUCCUACAGCAACUCAGUGUCCCCCUAUAGUGACACUGGCACUCACAGCACAGUACAGACAGCCUCAUCAGCUUGCUUUAAAAAGAAUUGCAGAGUUAAUGGAUGGUGCCAAUAUCAGAGACAGUGAUACUUCAUCUUUUCGCAGAUUUGCUCUAAAAGUGCGAGCCCUUGUUGGAAUGCUGGAUCAACUGGGACAAAAUGGACGAAUUGAUAUGAGUUGUGGUUCCCAUGUCACUCGACUCACAUCAAAAUUACCACAUGCUUUAAGGACAAACUUUCAUCGCUAUGCUCUUUCUCAGCACAUACAAGUACCCACAUUGUAUGAUUUCUCAGACUGGUUGGAAUUUGAAGUCCAGGUGCAGGAAAGUGAAAUAGUAAUGUCAGGUUCCAGAGAGAGACCAUACAGACAGGGGGAGCGACAAGAGAAACAAGCACACCCAAAGUCCUCUACUGUUUUACUCAGCACAGGACCUAGGACCACAGCUGCCAUCCCUCCACAGACAUGUUCUAUUUCCACAGUCAUCUCCAGCCAGUCAGAAAUCUAAGUUAUUCUGCCCAUAUUGCAAUAACAAUUAACAUCUCCUGAAUCAAUGCACAAACUUCAGUAACCUCACUAAGGAGCAGAGAGAAGUGUGGAUUCGGAGUAACAGAAAAUGCUGGAAAUGUGGAAGGAAUCAUCAAGCUGCUCAGUGUAGGCUGAAAGUUAGAUGCAGUACAAGCAAUGGCAGACACUUAGAAGCCCUUCAUGAGGUAAAUGCAAGACCAGCAAAAGAGGAGACUUGCUUAACAAGCUUGUUAAAAGAGCAGUUUCCCACACAGGUUCAGUGCUUUUUCACAUCCACACGAUCCACAGACUCUGACCUGAUGAAGAAUGUGCAACAACUCUGGCAAUUGGCUGUGCUGGCCUUCAGAAAUGAAAAGGUGAUUAUGCGAUCACAACAAGAUCAUCAAGCAGUUAUGCUCCUAGAGGAGAAAACUGCAAAAGUGACUGUCAACAGCAUUAACAGGUAUGCAACCCCGCUUCUUCACAACAUUAAUAUGCCUACAUUGCAUGCUGCUAAAGAAGCUGUUUUGCCACUGUUGAGAAGCACAGAAAGGAAAUUCCUGAAUGAUGUUAACCGAGCAGACAUCUACAAUAAAAAAAUAGCCAAGUUGGAAGAUUCAGGCUACAUUACCAAGUUAAAGCCAGAUGAGGUUGCACAAACAAAGGAAGCGUGGUAUAUACCACAACACAUGGUGGAACAUAAUGGAAAGCACAGAGUUGUGUUUAACUGCUCAUUUAAAUACCAAGUCUGAAUGACUAUUUGUUGAAAGGACCAACCCUCGGCCCUACACUUCUGGGAGAGCUUUUGCGCUUCAGACAGCACAGCAUUGCCAUUUCAAGUGACAUAAAAGGAAUGUUCCAUCAGGUCUGAGGACAAACCUCUUUUAAGAUUUAUAUGGCGGGAUGUAAAAAAUAAUGCAACCUCCUGAUGUGUUUGAAUGGCAAGUACCGGUACUUCCAUUAGGCACUGUCUGUAGAGAGUAUGCUGUCUAUGCAUUGCAGAGACACACAAAGGAGAAUACAACACCUGAUGAAGAAGUAAGAAGGGUUGUGGAGAACAACUUCUACGUUGACAACUGCUUGUACAGUCUGAGUUCUACGUUAAAGGCAAAGGAGUUAGUUGACAGGCUUCAGUCACUUCUUCUCUCAGGAGGGUUUGAACAAGUAAUGUCCCUGAAGUUAUACUUCAUCUUCCAGAUGAAGCCAGAAGUGGCAGCAAUGAGCAAUGGUUGGCCCAGGACAAUCUAGAACAGCAAGAAAUGGCACUUGGCCUGUGCUGGGAUUGUGAGAAAGUAGAGCUGGGUUACAGAUAUCGUGCAGUGCCAGAGAAAAGACCAACAAUGCGCUACAUUUACAAAGUUAUGGCAAAACAGUAUGAUCCACUUGGUUUCAUUACACCUUUUACCACAAGAGCGAAGAUUAUUGUUUGACACUUAUGGGACAAGCAUAGAGAGUGGGAUGACCCUCAUUUGCCUGAAGACCUCCUUAAGGCAUGAUACAAAUGGGAAGGAGAGCUGGAACACCUUCCCUGAAUAACCAUCCCAUGGUGCUACAAUAGCCCUGAAACAGAUAUGCAGGACUGCAACAAGACUCUCCACAUAUUCUGUGAUGCAUCUGAACAAGCUUAUGGCGCCGUCACAUACCUUCGUACUGAGAAAGCAGACAGAAAUGUGGAAUCAGCUUUUGUGAUGGCGAGAUCCAGAGUAGCCCCCAAGCGGCAGCAGAGCAUUCCAAGACUGGAACUGUGCGCUGCUCUGACUGGUGCGCAACUGGCAAAACUACUAGUCACUGAGUUAACCUUACCAGUACAACAAGUCGUACUUUGGUGUGACUCCACAACUGUACUGAAAUGGAUAAAGUCAGACUCGUGCAGAUUUAAAGUUUUCGUCGGAACCAGAGUGGCUGAGAUCCAAGAACUCACCUGUUCUCUGACCUGGCGAUGUGUAGAUACACUUAAUAACCCGGCUGAUGACAUCACUCGAGGAAAAUCUCUGGAGUCCCUUAUCAACUCGAAUAAGUGGAGUCAGGGUCCAGCUUUCCUCUUGCUUUCACCAGACCGCUGGCCUAAUCGUCCUGAAUUAAGGGAUGUGGAUGAGUGUGAAUUGAAGGUCGCAGCCUUCUGUGGAGCCACAAUGCAGAUUUCGAAUUCUAUAUCUGAUGCGGAUAACGCAUGUUCCUUUCAAGAACUAAUUGAACGCACCGCAAUAUCUGCUCACGGGACGGCUUCUUCCCAACAUCACCUCUCAGUGGAUGACUACAAGGAUGCAGAGUUGUCAAUUUUACAGCAUCAGCUGCUGCAAGCAGGAAAAUACGGGCCACCCUCAAGUAGACUUGUUAAACUGGCUCCAGAGUAUAACACAGAGAGUAAACUGAUUAGAGUUGGUGGACGUCUCCAACAUAGUGAAUACCUGGACACAGAAGAAAAGCAUCCCAUUUUGUUAGGUGGCACCCAUCCUGUCACUAAACUUAUCAUUAAACAGUUUGAUGAUAAGCUCCAUCACCCAGGGCAGGAAAGAGUGUUUUCUGAACUACGCAGACACUACUGGGUUAUUAAAGGAAGGGAAGCUGUUAAACGACUUCAACAAGAAUGUCCACUCUGUCAAAAAUGGCGUGCAACACCAGUGCUCCCUCAGAUGGCUGAUCUCCCAGCAGCAAGGUUGCGCCUAUUAAAACCACCCUUUUACUCAUGUGGAGUUGAUUGCUUUGGACCAUUCCUUGUGAAGAUUGGCAGGAGAAAUGAAAAGAGAUGGGGAAUACUUUUUAAGUGUCUCACAACACGAGCAGUUCACAUUGACGUCCUCAUGGCUCUCAGGCGUUUUGUAUCAAGGCGAGGAAAACCAUCAGAAUUACUCUCUGAUUGUGGGACAAAUUUCAAAGGAGGUGAACGAGAACUACAUGAAGCCUUUCAGAAGAUGUGUCCUUCAAUUCAAGACCACCUCUCCAAACAACAGAUAAGGUUCAGUUUCAACCUACCUGGUGUGCCUCAUUUCGGGGGAGUUUGGGAGCGUGAAGUACGAUCAAUCAAGUCAGCAAGAGUAUCCCUUGGAGCUCAGACUGUCACUGAAGAAGUUCUCAGAACUGUGCUCAUUGAGGUCGAGGGGGUACCAAGCCACUUGGUUAUGUGUCGUCAGAUAUCGCAGACUUGGAUCCUGUAAUGCCAAAUUACCUUCUAAUGGAGCGGCAAGAUGCUUCAUUACCACAGGUAAUCUAUCCUGAAUCAGAUCUGUUAAACAGGAAACACUGGAAGCGCAGUCAGAUGAUUGCAAAACAGUUUUGGCAUCAUUUUAUAAGAAGUUACUUGUCUACCUUGCAGUCACGUCAGAAAUGGUCAGUGAAGACAGAAAACCUUCAACUUGGAGCAGUGGUAAUGAUAGUUGACAAACAACUACCCAAAGCACUAUGGCCUGUUGGAAAGGUUGUAAAACUUCUACCAGGAUCAGAUGGAACUGUUCGAACAGCUGAAAUACAAAUUAAAGACAAGACGUACAUCAGACCAGUGGCACAACUUGUGCGUCUUCCAGCUAUUCCAGAGACUGAUGAUAAGAAGGAGAAGACAUAACUUGAAUUUUCUGUUAUUCAAAUUUGUCAGACAAAUUUGGGGGCGGCUGUUGAAAAUGGACUAAUUAAUAUAACUGUGUGUGUAGCACUUUAAGAGCUCAGGAAGCCGCCUGAAUAAUGUUUGCUGUGAUUGGUUCUGAGUAAUGUUUGCUGUGAUUGGUUCUGAGUAAUGUUUGCUGUGAUUGGUUCUGAGUAAUCUCAAGCUGCUAAUGAGAGCACAUGUUCAGUGUUAGACAAGCAGAAAGUUGAAGAAGUUGGAGAUUGUUCAGAGCUGUUGUACAAGAGACUGAAAGCGUGUAAAUGAAUGACAAGCCACUCUCAGCUCGAUUAAAGAACCAAGACCGGAAAACUCUCCUCAUUCUUUACCGGAUGCUCAUGGUGGCUGUACUAUUUAACUAGGAACUAACACACAAAAUAAAGGGAGCACAACACCACCUGUUUAGAAAAGAUCAAUCUGCCAUGCUUAUCCUUGUUGGGUUGUGAGGGUGCUGGUGCCUACCUUCAGCGGUUUGGUAAAAAAGGAAAGAAGAGAAAAGACUUGACGAAACCAGAACAAGCUCAAUAUGCUAUCACUUUCUAAAGCUGUUUUUUUUUUUUUUUUUUUGCAUUAAUGUAUUAAAUAACUUUUCUCUGAU